CGGAGGGCUCCGAGGGAUCUCCUACUCGUGCGGCCCCCAAGCAUGGGCUUUGUGAGACAGAUCCAGCUCUUGCUCUGGAAGAACUGGACCCUGAGGAAAAGGCAAAAGAUCCGCUUUGUGGUGGAACUUGCAUGGCCUUUGUCUUUAUUUCUGAUCUUGAUCUGGUUAAGGAACAUCAACCCACUCUACAGCCAACAUGAAUGCCAUUUUCCCAACAAGGCGAUGCCCUCAGCAGGAAUGUUGCCGUGGCUCCAGGGGAUAUUCUGCAAUGUGAACAAUCCUUGUUUUCAAAGUCCCACCCCAGGAGAAUCUCCUGGAACUGUGUCAAACUAUAACAACUCCAUCUUGGCGAGGGUGUUUAGAGAUUUUCAAGAACUCAUCAUGAAGGCACCAGAGAGGCAGAACCUUGGCCAUGUUUGGAAGGAACUUCAAACCUUGUCUCAACUCAUGGACACCCUCCGGACUCACCCUGAGAGAGUAGCGGGAAGAGGGAUACGAAUUCUGGAUGUCCUAAAAGAUGAAGAAACACUGACACUAUUUCUCACGAGAAACAUUGGCCUGUCUGACUCAGUUGUCUACCUUCUGGUCAACUCCCAAGUUCGUCCAGAACAGUUUGCUCACGGAGUCCCAGACCUGAUGCUGAAGGACAUCGCCUGCAGCGAGACCCUCCUGAGACGCUUCAUAAUCUUUAGCCAGCGCCAUGGGGCACAGACAGUGCGUGAUGCCAUGUGCUCCCUCUCCCAGGGCACCCUGCAGUGGGUGGAAGACACUCUGUAUGCCAACGUGGACUUCUUCAAGCUCUUCCGUGUGCUUCCUACACUCUUAGACAGCAGGUCUCAAGGUAUCAAUCUGAGAUCCUGGGGAAGAAUAUUUUCUGAUAUGUCACCAAGAAUUCAAGAGUUCAUCCAUCAACCAAGUGUUCAAGACUUGCUGUGGGUGGCCAGGCCUCUCAUGCAGACUGGUGGUCCAGAGACCUUCACACAGCUGAUGAGCAUCCUGUCUGAUCUCUUAUGUGGCUACCCAGAGGGAGGAGGCUCUCGAGUGUUCUCCUUCAACUGGUAUGAAGACAAUAACUAUAAGGCCUUCCUAGGGAUUGACUCCACAAGGAAGGAUCCUAUCUAUUCUUAUGACAAAACAACAACGACCUUUUGUAAUGCAUUGAUCCAGAGUCUGGAGUCAAACCCUCUCACCAAAAUAGCCUGGAGGGCAGCAAAGCCUUUGUUGAUGGGAAAAAUCCUCUUUACUCCAGAUUCUCCGGCAGCACGCAGAAUACUGCAGAAUGCCAACUCAACUUUUGAAGAGCUGGAGCGCCUUAGGAAGUUGGUCAAAGCCUGGGAAGAAGUAGGCCCCCAGAUCUGGUACUUCUUUGACAAGAGCACACAGAUGACCAUAAUCAGAGACACUCUGGAGAACCCAACAGUGAAAGGCUUUUUGAAUAGUCAGCUUGGUGAGGAAGGUAUCACUGUAGAAGCCGUGCUGAACUUCCUGGAUAGGGGUCCUCGAGAGAGCCAGGCCAAUGACGUGGACAACCUCAACUGGAAAGAUGUAUUUAACUUCACGGAUCACACCCUGCGUCUGGCUAGCAGAUACCUGGAGUGCUUGAUCCUGGAUAAGUUUGAAAGCUAUGAUGAUGAAAUUCAGCUCACUCAACGAGCCCUGUCUCUGCUGGAAGAAAACAGGUUCUGGGCUGGUGUCGUGUUCCCUGACAUGUAUCCCUGGACCAGUGCCCUACCGCCCCACGUGAAGUACAAGAUCCGGAUGGACAUCGAUGUGGUGGAGAAAACCAAUAAGAUCAAAGACAGGUACUGGGAUUCUGGUCCCAGAGCUGAUCCUGUGGAAGAUUUCCGAUACAUCUGGGGAGGGUUUGCCUAUCUGCAGGACAUGAUUGAACGGGGGAUCACAAGGAGUCAGGCCCAGGUUGAGGUUCCAGUUGGAAUCUAUCUCCAGCAGAUGCCUUACCCCUGCUUCGUGGAUGACUCUUUUAUGAUCAUCCUGAACCGCUGUUUCCCUAUCUUCAUGGUGCUGGCCUGGAUCUACUCUGUCUCUAUGACUGUAAAGAGCAUCGUCUUGGAGAAGGAGUUGAGACUGAAGGAGACCUUGAAAAAUCAGGGUGUCUCCAAUGCAGUGAUUUGGUGUACGUGGUUCCUGGACAGCUUCUCUAUCAUGUCAAUGAGCAUCUUCCUUCUGACCAUAUUUAUCAUGCAUGGAAGGAUCCUGCAUUACAGUGAUCCAUUCAUCCUCUUCCUAUUCCUGUUGGCUUUCUCCACGGCCACGAUCAUGCAGUGCUUCCUGCUCAGCACCUUCUUCUCCAGGGCCAGCCUGGCAGCCGCCUGCAGUGGAGUCAUCUACUUCACCCUCUACCUGCCCCACAUUCUCUGCUUCACCUGGCAGGACCGGAUGACGGCUGACCUCAAGAUGGCUGUGAGCCUGCUGUCUCCUGUGGCAUUUGGGUUUGGCACUGAGUACCUGGCUCGCUUUGAGGAGCAAGGCCUGGGGCUGCAGUGGAGCAAUAUUGGGAGAAGUCCCAUGGAAGGGGAUGAAUUCAGUUUCCUGAUGUCCAUGAAGAUGAUGCUCCUCGAUGCUGCUCUAUAUGGCCUGCUUGCCUGGUACCUUGACCAGGUGUUUCCAGGGGACUAUGGAACCCCUCUUCCUUGGUACUUCCUUCUACAAGAGUCCUAUUGGCUUGGCGGUGAAGCGUGUUCUACUAGAGAAGAAAGGGCCCUGGAAAAGACGGAACCCAUAACAGAGGAAAUGGAGGAUCCGGGACACCCAGAAGGAAUAAAUGAUUCCUUCUUUGAACGUGAACUUCCAGGCUUGGUUCCUGGGGUGUGUGUGAAAAAUCUGGUGAAGAUUUUUGAUACCUACAGCAGACCAGCUGUGGACCGUCUUAACAUUACCUUCUAUGAGAACCAGAUCACAGCAUUCUUGGGUCACAAUGGAGCAGGAAAGACCACCACCUUGUCAAUCCUGACGGGUCUGUUGCCACCAACAUCAGGGACAGUGCUCAUUGGGGGAAAGGACAUUGAAACCAGCCUGGAUGAAGUCCGGCAGAGUCUUGGCAUGUGUCCGCAGCACAACAUCCUGUUCCACCACCUCACAGUGGCUGAACACAUCCUGUUCUAUGCCCAGCUGAAAGGGAAGUCUUGGGAGGAGGCCCAGCUGGAGAUGGAAGCCAUGUUGGAGGACACAGGCCUCCACCACAAGAGGAACGAAGAAGCGCAGGAUCUAUCAGGUGGCAUGCAGAGGAAGCUGUCUGUUGCCAUUGCCUUUGUGGGAGGUGCCAAGGUUGUUAUUCUGGAUGAGCCCACCUCCGGAGUGGACCCCUACUCGCGACGCUCAAUUUGGGACCUGCUCUUGAAGUAUCGCUCAGGCAGAACCAUCAUCAUGUCCACUCACCACAUGGAUGAGGCCGACCUCCUCGGGGACCGCAUUGCCAUCAUUUCCCAGGGAAGGCUCUACUGCUCAGGCACCCCGCUCUUCCUGAAGAACUGCUUCGGCACGGGCUUCUACUUAACCCUGGUGCGCAAGAUGAAAAACAUCCAGAGCCAAAGAACAGACUAUGAGGGGAACUGCAGCUGUGCGUCUGAGGGUUUCUCGAGCAGGUGUCCAGCCCACAUAGAUGAGAUAACUCCGGAACAAGUCUUGGACGGAGAUGUGAAUGAGCUGAUGGAUAUGAUACAACACCAUGUUCCAGAGGCAAAGCUGGUGGAAUGCAUUGGUCAAGAACUUAUCUUCCUUCUUCCAAAUAAGAAUUUCAAGCAGAGAGCAUAUGCCAGCCUUUUCAGAGAGCUAGAGGACACACUAGCCGACCUGGGGCUCAGCAGUUUUGGAAUUUCUGACACUCCCCUGGAAGAGAUUUUUCUGAAGGUCACGGAGGAUUCUGAUUCAGGACCUCUGUUUGCUGGUGGCACUCGACAGAAAAGAGAAAACGUCAGCCUCCAACACCCCUGGCUGGGUGCUGGAGAUAAGGCCAGACAAAUUCCCCAGGGCUCCGAUGGCUGCUCUGCGGAGCCAGCUCCUCCCCCGGGGGGCCAGCCCUCCUCAGAGCCUGAGCCUGAGCACCGCAGCAGGCUCAACACAGGGGCGCCCCUGCUCCUCCAACAUGUGCAGGCGUUACUGAUCAAGCGGUUCCACCACACUGUGCGCAGCCACAAGGACUUCCUGGCCCAGAUUGUCCUCCCAGCCACUUUUGUGUUUUUGGCUCUGAUGCUUUCCCUCAUCAUCCCCCCCUUCGGUGAAUAUCCGGCUUUGACCCUUCACCCCUGGAUGUACGGGCAGCAGUACACGUUCUUCAGUUUGGACCAGCCAGGGAGUGAGCAGCUGGUAGCACUUGCAGACGUCCUCCUGAACAAGCCGGGCUUUGGCAACCGCUGCCUGAAGGAAGAGUGGCUUCCGGAGUACCCCUGUGUCAAUUCAACCCCCUGGAAGACUCCUUCUGUGUCCCCGAACAUCACCCACCUGUUCCAGAAGCAGAAAUGGAUGCCAGAGGACCCCUCGCCCUCCUGCAUGUGCAGCACCAGAGAGAAGCUCACCAUGCUCCCUGAGUGCCCCGAGGGCGCAGGGGGGCUCCCACCCCCUCAGAGAAUACAGCGCAGCACUGAAGUUCUACAAGAUCUUACGAACAGGAACAUCUCUGACUUCUUGGUAAAAACAUAUCCUUCUCUUAUACGAAGCAGCUUGAAGAGCAAAUUCUGGGUCAACGAACAGAGGUACGGAGGAAUUUCCAUUGGAGGAAAGCUCCCAGUUCUUCCCAUCACUGGGGAAGCCCUUGUUGAAUUUUUAAGCCACCUUGGCCAGAUGAUGAAUGUGAGCGGGGGCCCUAUCACCAGAGAGGCCUCUAGAGAAAUGCCUGCUUUCCUCAAACAUCUAGAAACUGAAGACAACGUUAAGGUGUGGUUUAACAACAAAGGCUGGCAUGCCCUGGUGAGCUUUCUCAAUGUGGCCCACAAUGCCAUCUUCCGGACCAGCCUGCCCAAGGACCAGAACCCCGAGGAGUACGGCAUCACUGUCAUCAACCAGCCCCUGAACUUGACCAAGGAACAGCUCUCAGAGAUCACAGUGCUGACCACUUCGGUGGAUGCCAUGGUUGCCAUCUGUGUGAUUUUUGCCAUGUCCUUCGUCCCAGCCAGCUUUGUCCUUUAUUUGAUCCAGGAGAGGGUAAACAAAGCCAAGCACCUCCAGUUUGUCAGCGGAGUGAGCCCCACCACCUACUGGCUGACUAAUUUCCUCUGGGACAUUAUGAAUUACGCUGUGAGCGCUGCUCUGGUGGUGGGAAUCUUCAUCGGGUUUCAGAAGAAAGCCUACACUUCUCCAGAAAAUCUCCCUGCCCUUGUUGCCCUGCUCAUGCUGUAUGGAUGGGCAGUCAUUCCCAUGAUGUACCCCGCGUCCUUCCUGUUUGAUAUCCCCAGCACAGCCUACGUGGCCUUGUCUUGUGCUAAUCUGUUUAUCGGCAUCAACAGCAGUGCCAUCACCUUCAUCUUGGAAUUAUUUGAGAAUAACCAGACACUGCUCAGAUUCAAUGCCGUGCUGAGGAAGCUGCUCAUUAUCUUCCCCCACUUCUGCCUGGGCCGGGGCCUCAUUGACCUGGCGCUGAGCCAGGCCGUGACGGAUGUCUACGCCCGGUUUGGUGAGGAGCACUCCGCAAACCCAUUCCAGUGGGACCUGAUUGGGAAGAACCUGGUUGCCAUGGCCGCAGAAGGGGUGGUGUACUUCCUCCUGACUCUCCUCAUCCAGCACCACUUCUUCCUCACCAGAUGGAUUGCUGAGCCUGCAAAGGAACCCAUCACAGAUGAAGAUGACGAUGUGGCUGAAGAAAGACAAAGAAUCAUUAGUGGGGGAAAUAAAACUGAUAUCUUAAGGCUAAAUGAACUAACCAAGAUUUAUUCAGGCACCUCCAGCCCAGCAGUGGACAGGCUAUGUGUCGGCGUCCGCCCCGGAGAGUGCUUCGGUCUUCUGGGAGUGAACGGAGCUGGCAAAACAACCACAUUCAAGAUGCUUACUGGAGACACCACAGUGACCUCUGGUGACGCCACUAUAGCAGGCAAGAGUAUUUUAACCAAUAUAUCUGACGUCCAUCAAAAUAUGGGCUACUGUCCUCAGUUUGAUGCAAUUGAUGACCUGCUUACAGGGCGAGAACAUCUUUACCUUUAUGCCCGGCUUCGAGGUGUACCAGCAGAUGAAAUUGAGAAGGUGGCAAACUGGAGUAUUCAGAGCCUGGGCCUGUCUCUCUAUGCAGACUGCCUGGUCGGCACCUACAGUGGAGGCAACAAGCGGAAACUCUCCACAGCCAUCGCAUUAAUGGGCUGCCCACCUCUGGUGCUGCUGGAUGAACCCACCACGGGCAUGGACCCCCAGGCACGCCGCAUGUUGUGGAACACCAUUGUGAGCAUCAUCAGAGAAGGGAGAGCUGUGGUCCUCACAUCCCACAGCAUGGAAGAAUGUGAGGCUCUGUGUACCCGGCUGGCCAUCAUGGUAAAGGGCACCUUUCAGUGUCUGGGCACCAUUCAGCACCUCAAGUGCAAGUUUGGAGAUGGCUACAUUGUCACGAUGAAGAUCAGAUCCCCAAAGGAAGACUUGCUUCCCGACCUGAAUCUGGUGGAACAGUUUUUCCAGGGGAACUUCCCAGGCAGCGUGCAGCGGGAGCGCCACUACAACAUGCUCCAGUUCCAGGUCCCCUCCUCCUCCCUGGCCCGCAUCUUCCGGCUGCUCAUCUCCCACAAGGACAGCCUGCUCAUCGAGGAGUACUCCGUCACGCAGACCACGCUGGACCAGGUAUUUGUGAAUUUUGCUAAACAGCAGACUGAAAUUCAUGACCUCCCUUUGCAUCCUCGAGCCGCUGGAGCCAGCCGACAAGCCAAGGUCUGAUCUCCAUACUACUCAUUCCGUAGAGCUGGAGAGAAAUUCUGGACAGCUGGAAAGGCAGGAGCCUUUGCCAUAUGGUCAUCUGAUUGGACCGGCUCAGCCGCAGAAACAAACCCAAGCAGGCCAUACCGCAAACUCUGAAGGGGACUCUUGCCAAGAGCAACCACAGCUGACCUCCUCACCUGAAACACCUGAUGAGGAAACUGACCCAGUCAAACGAAUGCAAAAACCCUUCUUAUCUGGCCCAUCCUAUUAGUAGCUCUGACUCCAUAUCACACUCACUUGCAGUGGAUCUGCUGUCCUGUGUGUGUGUGUGUGUGUGUGUGUGUGUGUGUGUGUUAUUUUUAAGGAGAAAAUAAAGUACAAAUGUACUUA